AUGUCUGAGCCCGGUUCUUCACUUCCUCCUCGACCUCCGAGCCCUGUGCGGCCCUCGUCGUACCUCCGCCCACAGAGGCCACGGCCUCCACCAGAGCCUGUAGAUGUCGUUGAUAGAGAGCAAGCCGAGGGACUGCGCGCUAUUCGAGAAUUCUUGAGGGUCCGAACUACCUAUGACGUAUUGCCGGUUAGCUUCCGUCUCGUGAUACUGGAUACAAGCCUUCUGGUACAGAAGAGUCUCAAUAUCCUCAUCCUUAAUGGAAUCGUCUCCGCCCCGCUGUGGAACUCUCAGACGUCAACUUUUGCUGGAUUGCUCACAUCCUCUGACUAUAUCAAUGUCAUCCAGUACUACUGGCAAUAUCCCGAGAAGUUUGAGGAAAUCGAAGGGUUUCGCCUGGAUAGUUUGCGAGAAGUUGAAAGGGCUAUCGGUGUUACACCUAUAGAAACUGUUUCUGUGCAUCCUAUGAUACAGUUGUAUGAUGCCUGCCGUCAAAUGCUCCGAAGCCGCGCCCGUCGCAUCCCGCUCAUUGAUGUGGAUGAGGAAACCCAACAGGAGAUGGUAGUCAGCGUCCUGACCCAGUUUCGAAUUCUAAAAUUCGUUGCCGUCAAUGUACGCGAAACACAGAUGUUGCGAAAGCCGCUAUCUGACCUGAACAUCGGGACAUACGAGGAUAUUUCUACAGCAACCAUGCAAACUCCGGUCAUCAAUGUCAUUCAUCAAUUAGUAGGGAAAGACAUCUCUAGUGUGCCUAUUGUUGACCCAAACGGGGUUCUGCUUAACAUUUACGAGUCUGUCGAUGUCUUAACUCUUAUUAAAGGGGGGAGCUACGAUGACCUUAAUCUUAGUGUGGGGGAGGCUCUUCUGAAGAGACCUGAUGAUUUCUCUGGAAUUCAUACAUGCUCCCCUCAGGAUCGCUUGGACACGAUAUUUGAUACUAUCAGAAGGUCAAGAGUUCAUCGAUUCAUGAUUGUUGAUUCGGGCGGUCGUCUCAAGGGUGUGCUUACUUUAAGUGAUAUCUUACAGUACUUGCUGUUCGAUGGGGAAGAGGAGUAAUGGGGUGUUGGAUAUUUUCUUGGCUAUUUGGCCAAAUUCAUAGAUGUUUGCCUAGAUUGGGAAUUGCGCCCGCAAUCCCCACACCCACACUCUUUUUACCCAUUGCUGGAAGCGAGCCUAUUUCUUGAUUCUUUGUUGGUUCUCCCCUGGCUCUGCAUGGGUUUCCUUUCCUUUCCUUUCCUCUCUAGGCGGAGGCGUUCAGGAUAUCGUGGAUGAGCAUGUAUUUCCUUUCCCCUAGUUACUAUUUCCAUCUGCUUUACUCAUCUCCUGUUAAAUACUACUUGCUAUUUCGGUUCAUGAUGUUCCGUCUGCGAGUCAUAUCGGCUACCUAAUGUGGCCAAGGGGUAGGCGUGUAUGGGCGUGGCGAGCUAGGCUGGUGGAAGGUGGAUGGGGACGUUGAGCAGGCGCUUGACGUUUAGGUAUCGUCGGGUGUGUCAGGUGCUGGAUCGUGGAUGUUCUCAGCUCUUCUAUGUUGUAAUGGAAUUGAAUUCUAAUGAUCUGAUUAUUUCAAGUGGACUUGUCUUCAUUAACGCCUGUAUUUUAAACUUCAUUCACACCUUUUAUUCUAACCA